UUUUUUCGUCCACUAACCAGCCCCACUUCGAGACCAAGCCCAGGACGCCGCACGCCCAAAGUCGCGGCAAACCUCCAACAACACAGAUACCAGCAGCACCGGCACCGACACAGAGUCAUGAAGGAUAUUGUCAUUGCUUGCGUCGGGAAGCCAUCCGCAGGAAAAUCCUCCUUUCUGAACGCAGUAACGGAUGCGACUGCCAAGGUCGGAAACUAUCCCUUCACAACCAUCAAACCCAACAACGGCAUCGCCUACUUUCCAAUCAAUUGCCCUUGCAGGCGGUUCGACAAGUCCAAUCUCUGUGCUCCCCGAUAUGGUCGCUGCAUUGAUGGCAAGCGGUUUGUGCCCAUUCAGAUUCUAGACGUUGCCGGCUUGGUCCCUGGAGCGUCCGAGGGACAGGGUCUCGGCAACCAAUUCCUGGAUGACCUACGACAUGCCAACGCUCUGAUCCAUGUCGUCGAUGUCAGUGGAACCACCGAUGCGAACGGCAAGGAAACUGUCGGCUAUGACCCCAUUGGAGAUAUCGAAUGGCUCAGGAGCGAGAUUCACUCUUGGAUUUUUGGGAAUCUGAACAAACGAUGGAGCCAAAUCGUCCGCAGGCAUACUGCUGUUAAGGCGUCGACUGCAGAGACCUUGCACAAUCAAUUUUCAGGAUAUGGAGCAACAUUACUGUUGGUACAACGGAGUCUUGACAGGAGUGGUGUGAAGGAAUCCAUGGACACCUGGGAUAAAGAGACCCUCCGUAAAGUGGUUGAUGCGUUCCUGGACGAGCGCUUCCCUACGAUCAUUGCCCUCAAUAAGAUUGAUCUCCCAGAUUCUGACAAGAACAUUGCCAAGAUUAUGCGCAAAUACGACCAGAACAAGAUUGUUCUCUCCAGCGCUUUGGCAGAGACGUUUCUUCGGAAGCUGCACAAACAGAAAUUCGUCGUAUACGAGGAAGGAACGGAUAAUGUCCAGACAAAGGAGGACCUCCCGGACUCUGAUCUGAAGCCACUGGACGAGAAGUUGCAAAACCGUAUUGAAAAGGUACAAGAUCUAGUACUAUACCGCUAUGGCUCCACCGGCGUACAAGACGUUGUUCUAAAGGCGGUUGAGGUCCUGGGACUUGUCCCGGCCUUCCCAGUCAAGAGCCUGACAACAUUCGCCAACGCGAAUGGAAAGGGCGUCUUCCGGGACUGUGUUCUAUUAUGGCCAGGCACCACCGUCCUCGAGUUUGCGGAUAUUGUCCAUCCAGAGAUUGCUAAACACUAUCUGGGCGCAGAGACCAUUGGCAAUCGCAAGAUCGGAGAAGACGAUGUGAUCACACCUGAAAAUAACAUUAUCUGCUUCAAGACCUCGCAGGCAACCCAUGCCAGUGCAUCUGGGUCGACGACAUCCAAUACAGGAUCCAGUCAACCCAGCAAGAAAUAAAAAAAAUAAAGUCUCCUGUCUAGAAAAAAAAAAA